GUAAAUUGAAACAAUGAAAUGUAAAAGAAGUGUUAACGCUUCUUUUACAUUUCAUUGUUUUAACUUACGCUUUGUAGAAGGUUUGUUAACGCUUCUAUUACUCUCCCUUUACAUUUGACUUACGCUCUUACUCUCUCUUUACAUUCGACUUACGCUCCGAUUUUACAUUUUCACCAGGGCAUCACUUUGUAGAUUGCCUAAAAAUUCGGCUAAAAAAGUCCAAAUUUGUUUUUUUUUUUUGCGCCAGUGUAUAAUUUCAGAGAGGAGAUAAAUAACACAUGCACGCACGCACGCAUUGCACACAGGUGCUUGCACAUGCAUACAUGUAGACAUUUAUACGUAUAUAGGCCGAGUUGUUUUAUGUUUCAGAAUUGAAGAUAUGAGUAGCAUUGUAAAAGCCUUGCAAAUUAAAGAAAUAACGAUAGACGGUAAUCCAGUAACUUUAAAUAGUGAUUACAUUUCUUUUCUUGUCUCGUAUUUGCCAAAUCUUCAACUUUUAUCAACAAUGCAAAUUAGCGAACAAAUUCGGAGAACAGCAAUGGCUUGGAGAUUCUCUAAGGAACAAUCAAAUUCGGUGUUUCUUGAUCUUAGUACACAAGUUUGUAUGAGUGUACGUAGAGAAGAAGUAAUAUUAAAUGCUAAAACAAAUUGGAAAUUUCUUCGAACCAAAACUAAAGUUUCGCUCGACAAUUCCACUAAAGUAACGAGCAAUAAUACAAGCAACAAUAUUAAUAUAUUAUUACAUACACAAAGUCCAAACAAAUUUCUUACUGUAAACCCAAAGAGUUUAGAGAAAACUAAAAUAAAAGGUUUUGGUAGUCUCACCGCAAUAAAUGAAAAUAUGGAAGCACGAAAAAUACAUAUGAAAAGGAGAAGUAGUUCUAGUGAGAAUUUGAGAGAACUUAAAUUUGAAGAUACAUCGAAAUCAUAUCCUUUGGAAUUUAAACUUCCACCUAUACUAGGUUCAAUAGUAAAUAGUUUAACAAGCAAUAAAUUUGAGACUAAAUUAUUGUCUAAAGAUGAUAAAGAAAAUGACUGUAAAAUGAAAUUGCUCAGAAGUGAACAUAUUGAGAACUCGUCGGAUAACGAGACAGACAGUUUACAGAGUCAUGAAAGUUUGAAAAAUGGUUUAAAAUGUCAUCUGUUUACUUCUAAUAUAUAUGGCACAUCUAUAGAUUACGACAAACCUACAGUUUAUAACGAAUUUACUGUAACAGAAGAUGUGUCUUCAAUUACUACAGAAAAUUUUUAUAUUAAAAAUAAUGAGAAUUAUGCAUACAACAAAGAAGCACUAACUGCGACGCAAAACUCAUUAAAAUAUGAUGCGAUAAUAAAUAAAAAUAACUUAAAUAAUAAAUCGUUUCAAGAUACAAAAGUAUUUAAAAAUGGAGAGAAUGAUUACCACUCUAAAUCGGCUUUAGAAUCUUCUGGAUAUUGCUCUUUGAGUUUAAAGGCUAAUAGUGUAGACAGUUGUAAAUCAUUGUUAAGUGAUUCUAACAUUUUAUUGAUUUCAAAAAAUGUUCACAAAUCUCAUGAAUAUGACAAGGAUAAAGGUAGAACUAAAAGUGCGCAAACAAAAAAGAUUGUAUAUUAUAAAAGCAAUAGGGCUGCAACAGCUAGAGCGAAAUUUAGAGCUCUCGCUUCGCCAAGUCCAUUUUCUCAACAAGUACCUAAAGAGAGGGAACAGGGUGGAGAUUACUUAAUAGAGAUUGUCGGUCGAUGCCUGAAUGUAUAUGGUCAAGGUGCUUUACGCUUUAUAGAUAGGACUUGGGACAUGUCAAAGGCUCAAGACGUCAACGUCGUAAAAUUUAAUUAUGUACAAUUUAAUGAUGUGGCAAAAAUUCUAAGUAAAUUAAAGAAUAAAUUUCCACAUGCGGAGCAUUUUGUAUUUAAAGAAACUAACAUCAAUCUUCUUGGUCAACUGAAUGCUUUAGCUGAGAUACAGGGAUUGACUAGUAUACAAAUAGAUGUAGGCAAUCCUAUUGUGUCCAAGGACUGGAAAAUGUACGCUAUAUUUCGAUUAGCUCACUGGGGACUUGCAGUUAUCAAUGGCAAAGAGAAUAUAAAUAACGUUGAGUAUACAGACACGAUGUUAUCCAGGUGGUUAUUGAAGAAGAAACCGUGGUGUCACUCAUACAUUGAGAAAACAUACUCAAAACUAAUAUUAACUGUGUGUUGGCAACAUCCGAGAAGAUCGUAUUAACGAGCUCUUAAAGUAAGAUCACAGAAAGAAUGCCAUAUGGUUGCAGCUGCUGGUGUGCAACUUUGUUAGAAGAGAGAGAUUGUCUGUCUUCUAUUUUUGCGGUAUACAACACGAUCAGUGAAUAACGCAACGAGAGGAAUCAUCACUGAGUAAUAAUAAACUAUAAUUUCUUUUCUAGUGAAAAAAAAAAUUUUUCUCACCAGAAAAGAAAUGAUAUAAUUAUAAAUUAAUGACUUUUUCUCUAAAAAAAUUGCUUGCAUUUGUAAGGUUCUGAAUUAAAGUAAAGUUUUUAAAUUAAACACAUUUGUAAAUUUUUUUAUUUAAAAUAUGUGUUGUAAAAUAUAUAGUACAUUUGGAGAGUUUAUUGCUCUUAUUAUUUAAAUUAAUUACUCAUUCUAAAUCAGUUAAACAAUAUAUAAUAGUGCGAUAUUUUUAUUUAUACAAUAUAAUGUUUUGUGUUGACAUUAUUCUACUAAAAGUUGAGUCAUGGAAAGUCAUCCAUGUAACAUGUUUUUUCCACGAAAUUUUUUCUUCUAAAAUCAUGCGGUUAGACAAGUUUAAAUUUACAUAUGUCACGCGCUCGCGUGCAAAGACAUAGACGCAGCAGACGCAGUAGGCACGUGUGACACUAAGGAAUUCAUCCUAAUGAGCGUGAAACGAAGGGGUGUCAUUUUGGAUCCUUUUCUUUCUCUUUUUUUCAUGGACAGUUUUGCCUAAGGGGAUUGUCAAGACGGCAAAUAUGUUGACAGGUCAUUCAACAUCCUUCUUGUUUUAGUCGCACGCUAAGGCCAUGAAGAAGCUAAGGAAUAGCUGAAACGAUAAACUUAUGUCUUACGUUAGUAUUCAAUAUAAGAAUACAUCGAUCACGAAAUAAUGUAUCAAAAAUAACGCAAUUUUUGCUUCAAAUAUAGAUUACUUCCCAAAUAGUGUCCCAAAAUUGACGUCAAAUGUCGUUUUCAUAACGUUUUGAUGUUUCUAAUAAUGUCAAUAAAACGUCAUUAAAGUGAAAAUUGACGUCACCUUGCUACUUGGGUUGUAAAAAUUUCUUCAAUUUUCUAUAUACUGGAAAGAUUGUUAAUACCGAAAGGUUGCUAAUACAUAGAUCUCCUGAAGCGAUAUUUUCUAAAUUUUCGGAAACUAAAUAUGUUGCGCAUUAUUAAUACUGAUUUAAUACUGAUAAAAAUAUAUAGAUAUAAGAUAUAUGUAUGUAUAUGAUUCAUUUAGUAAGAUAUGUAAGGUUGCAUUUAUAAUAUUAACGCAUAUUAGGGAACUAUUGCCAUUCAAUCACUACCGCGUGCGUGAUUUAUUUUUUUUUCGCCUUCAUUGGGUGGAUCAUAAAUUCAGUUUUACAUAUCUUAGUAAAAAAAAAUUAUAUAGCGUCAACCGAAAAUGGAUUUUAAAGCUGAAGUACUAUAAAAUCAUGUAUUAUAGAAUCUAGUAUUAAAAAGCGCCAAGUAUACACGUGCAAGAAAUGCCUUCAGAAAUCUGGUCUUGUACAAAAUAAUUUUGAUUUGGCACUACAAAUGUAUGAAAUUUUAAUGAAAUUAUGUUUUCCCCAAAAA